AUGUACCUGGCUGAGGAACAGGCGCAUAUCCCGCGCUACCAAGUGGACGUAGCAGAACCAGAGCCUUUGCUGCCUUUGGUGCCGGCACCCAUGCCGCCGUCCGCUGCGGAGGAAGAGCAGGCGUAUGACCAUAUCAAGUUCAAUGUCAUGAGCGAUACCGUGACGCUGCCUUCCGAACGCAUGCGAGCGGCUAUGGCAACGGCUGUGUGUGGAGACAAUGUGCUUGGUAACGAUGUGCCUACAAUGCAGCUGGAGACGUUGGUAGCCCAGCUUUCAGGGAAAGAAAGUGCGAUCUUUUUACCCAGUGGCACCCAGUCCAACCAACUCGCAUUGCGUGCCUUGCUAGGCUCGCAUGCCUUGCCUUCCUCGGUGCUGUGUGAUCACCGUGCACAUAUAUAUACAAGCGAGCUUGGAGGUAUUGCCUCGAAUUCACAUGCCUCUACGACGCCUGUCGUCCCUUCCAAUGGGCAUCAUUUGACACUGGACGACGUGAAGAAGCAUGCGAACACAGUGCUGAGCAUCACAGCGCCACGUACACGCAUCAUCAGUCUGGAAAACACAUUGCACGGUACCAUCUUUCCUCAGGAUGAAAUCAAGCGAAUUGCUACAUUUGCUCGCGCUCACGAUAUCCAACUGCAUUUGGACGGCGCACGACUUUGGAAUGCAGCGGCGGAGACAGGGAUGCCUCUACGUGAUCUAUGUAAGCCGUUUGAUACUGUGAGUCUGUGUCUGAGCAAAGGGAUUGGAGCGCCGAUCGGGUCGAUUCUAGUAGGACCCGCUACAGUGAUAGGCACUGUCCACUAUCUCCGGAAAAUGAUGGGCGGUGGUAUGCGCCAGACAGGUGUCGUAGCUGCGGCGGCUCACGCGGCUCUGCAUGAGACGUGGCCCAAGCUACGAGCCACCCAUGCCCUGGCCCAGCGCGUAGCCGCUGUACUACAAUCGCAUGGCGCGCGGAUUUUGGUGCCUGUGGAGACCAAUAUGAUCUUUUUCCGUUGGGACACCUCCGUCCUGGACGAAAAGGUCCUUGUCCAACAAGCCGCCGCCUUGGACCCGCCGAUCACGCUAGGCACAGGACGGAUGGUGAUCCAUUGGCAAACCGACCCGUCGCUACCCGCUCGUCUCGACGCAUUGCUACGCAGUAUCAUAUAG